UUUCGGUCUCUUCUCCACUUUAACCUGCUCAAUAAAUUAAAGUACCAUGGAGGAGUCGAGUAGUUGACGUUUCCUGCUGCAGCCUUCUCUUUUUAAGCUUUCUUCCCGUUGUGCUGUUGAACUGACUUAUUGGCGACUUUUUCUAACCACCUUUUUCUAACCACCAAGUCAUGAAGCACGUCGUAGGCAUCGGCGGUGUAACCAACGGAGGGAAAACUACACUUACCAACAGACUGAUUAAGAGUCUGCCCAACUGCUGUGUUGUGCAUCUGGAUGGCUUCUUCAAGUCCCAGGAUGAGACUGAAACUGGCGAAGAUGGCUUUAAGCAGUACAAUGUCAUCACUGCUCUGGACAUGGACGCCAUGAUGAGUACAAUCUAUGCUUGGUUGGAGAACCCAGUGAAGUUUGAGAAGUCUCAUGUUGUUAACAACACCUUGGACACCGAGAUCAUUCCAAAGUCUGACGAUGAGAAUGAGCAGACUCACAUUCUUAUUGUGGAGGGUUUCCUGCUCUACACCUGCAAACCUUUGAUUGACGUGCUGAACCAACAUUACUUUAUUUCCAUCCCAUAUGAAGAAUGCAAAAAGAGGAGGUGUGCUAGGAACUACACGGUGCCAGACCCUCCCGGCCUGUUUGACGGCUACGUCUGGUCCAUAUGUGUAGCCCCCAGGACUACACAUAUGGGAUUAUAA